CUCUCUCUGUCUCUCUCUGUCUCUCUCACACUGUCUUUCUGCCACACAUCACACCCAGCAGUUGCAGCGUUGCAGCAGCUGCAGCAGUGCUGCAGUGCAGCUCAGCCUGCAGACAGAAAAAAUUUAAUCUUUUUUUAUAUGAAAAGAGAACAGCAACAAAGCCCCAUAUUAAUUAUGUGAUUUGCUUAUUAAAUUCUGUUUUCUUUUCUCUCUCUUCAAGUUAAAAAAGGCUUUAAGCUUUGAUUUGAUACCCAAAAGCCCAUCCACAAUCCACACACACAACACAAACAGUGGUACACUCUUUCUCACCUCAAGAAGGAAAAGAAAAAGAAAAGAGCAGAAAAGAAAAGAAGAAAAGAAAAUUAAGCAGGCAGAGAGAGAAAGACACAGAAGAGCAAAGGGAGAAAGAAAAGAGAGGUGGGCUGUGGUGUGUCUUUUUGAGCUUCUUUUAGCAAAUGCCAAAGUUGCACUUAAUUAACCUCGUCCUCAUCACCCCUCUCAAAAUGCAGACAUGAAACCUCCUCCUAUGCUCUCUUCUUAUUCACACACCUCCUCCUUCUUUCUCUUCUUCAUAUUGUAAACAGCAGAACAAGAGCAAAAGCAAAGUCCUUCUCUUCCUCUUCCUUCUCUUCUUGUUGUUGAGUCCGUGCAAUUUUUGUUUAUUUCCACAUGGGGGGUCUAAUCGAUCUGAACAGUGCAACGGAGGACGAGGAAACGCCGUCGUGUGGUUCGUCUUCAACUUCCUCUGCUUCUGACGCUUCGGCUUCGGCUUCGGUGUGCUUGGAGCUGUGGCACGCGUGUGCGGGCCCACUGAUUUCGCUGCCAAAGAAAGGGAGUGUGGUAGUGUAUCUUCCACAGGGCCACUUGGAGCAAGUCUCUGAUUUUCCAGCUUCGGCUUAUAAUCUCCCACCUCACCUUUUCUGUCGCGUUGUUGAUGUCAAGCUCCAUGCUGAGACUGGUACCGACGAUGUGUAUGCGCAGGUUUCACUUGUUCCUGAAAGUGAGGAAAUUGAACACAAACUGCGGGAAGGGGAAACUGAUGCAUAUGGUGAGGAGGAGGAUGUCGAAGCAAUUGGGAAGUCAACCACACCCCAUAUGUUCUGCAAAACCCUUACUGCUUCUGAUACUAGCACUCAUGGAGGCUUCUCCGUCCCUCGUCGUGCUGCUGAGGAUUGUUUUCCUCCCCUGGUAUUUGUAGUUCAUUUUAUCCCCCAACAUGUAGUUCGGCAUAACCUGUUGGAUUACAAUCAACAAAGGCCUUCACAAGAACUCGUAGCAAAGGAUCUGCAUGGCCUGGAGUGGAGGUUCAGACAUAUUUAUAGGGGGCAGCCACGAAGGCAUUUGCUCACCACUGGAUGGAGUGCAUUUGUGAACAAGAAGAAGCUCGUCUCUGGAGAUGCAGUGCUGUUUCUCAGGGGUGAUGAUGGAGAACUGAGGCUAGGAAUUAGAAGGGCAGCCCAGGUUAAAGGGUCCGCUACUUAUCCAACUCUUUGUAGCCAGCAAUUAAACUAUAACACUAUCACGGACGUGGUGAAUGCUAUAUCCAUGAAGAAUGCAUUUAACAUCUUCUACAAUCCAAGAGCCAGCUCAUCAGAAUUCAUAAUACCUUCCCGUAAAUUUUUGAGGUGCCUUGAUCAUUCCUUUUCACCUGGAAUGCGGUUCAAAAUGCGUUUUGAAACAGAAGAUGCAGCAGAGCGAAGAUACACUGGGCUGAUAACUGGAAUUAGUGAAUUGGAUCCUGUAAGAUGGCCUGGUUCAAAAUGGAGAUGUCUAGUUGUAAGGUGGGAUGAUAUAGACACAAGUAAGCAUGGCAGGGUUUCCCCAUGGGAAAUCGAGCCAUCUGGUUCUGUUUCAAGUUCCCAUAGCUUAAUGGCAGCUGGUUUGAAGAGGGCCAGGAGUGGCUUGUCUGCAGCAAAAACAGAAUUUCCAGUUCCUAAUGGGAUUGGAGCAUCAGACUUUGGGGAAUCUUUAAGGUUCCAGAAGGUCUUGCAAGGUCAAGAAAUUUUGGGUUUUGAUACUCAUUUUGGUGGUUUAGGUGGUCAGAAUCAACAUCCAUCUGAACCAAGGAGGGGUUUUCAUGGUUCUAGUGGUUCUGGGAUUGCUGCUGGAGGUAAUGGUCUCAGAAAGUCACUUGCGGACUCUGAGAUUACCUCAACCGGCAUAGGCUUUGGUGAAUCAUUCCGAUUCCAUAAGGUCUUGCAAGGUCAAGAAAUAUUUCCAAGCCCACCAUAUGGAAGAGCUUCCACUAAUAACGAGGCUCAUGAAUAUGGUGGCCCUGGAAUUUAUGAUGGUUUUCAGGUGCCAAGCUUUAGAAAUGGGUGGUCUGCCAUGAUGCAGAGCAAUAAUGCACACGUGCGCCCAUCUGCCUCGUCUGUGCAAGUUUCAUCACCAUCAUCUGUGUUAAUGUUCCAGCAAGCAAUGAAUCCAGGCCCGGAAUUCAAUUCAGUAUACAAUGGUCAUAACCAGGAGGAACAGAGAGUUAUAAAACGAACUCCAUAUGUCUCUGAAUCAGAUGGCGGAAAGCAAGCAUCAUCCUCAUUUUGUGAACGUAGCUUCAGCAGGGAAGAUCAUGGAGGCAUGAAUUCUUACAAUCAACAUGGUAUCUCAAAUCAUCCUGUAAUAAGUCAAUCAACAUUUAGUGGCAGUCAGGAUGCGGUUUCACCAUACAAAGGCAGCUGUAGACUCUUUGGUUUCUCAUUGUCUGAGGAAAAACGUGUCCCAGACAGAGAGAGCAACUCCACCUCAACUGCAUCUACAUUAAAUCCUGGAGUGCAGUUUCAUUCAAAGCCUGCAUUGAUGACAUCAGCAGUUGGAAUUACCUGUACCAAAGAAUGGGCUUUUGACUGGCGUGGAGAAAGGAUGGAAAGCUGCUUACAAGGAUAGCGAUGAUACAAUGGCUUGUUGCAGAUGAUCAAAAGCAGUAACUAAAAAUGUUACCAUAAUGUCAAUAAUUAUGCUAUGUACGGGCGAAGUCUCUUGGCAACUGAGAUUUUGUGCAGAUUAUCCGUGUGCUGUCGUUUAUGCAACUUAACUUUCGAGGUAAAAAUUGUAACUAAGCGCCUCAAGUGACUUUGAUUGUAUUGUUAAUUCAGCUUUGAAAACAACAGAGUUUGUAGAAUCUAUGUAUUGCCUCUCAUAUGAUAGCCCUGUUGGAAAGAGGGGCCUAUCCAAACUGAGCAAAUUCUAUCCACGCAAUUACAAUUGUUAAUUAAAUUAUUCCUCUGCCCUACAAGAA